AUGACCACUUGCACGCCGGCCGAUGAGCAGUUUUUCCACGAACCUUACAACCCGCUCUACACGAUCGUGCCGACGAAGCCGGUCAUCGUGAAUCAAGACAACGACUACAACCGCUGUGUCUUCACCGAGCGCCCCCUAUGCGGCCCGUUGCUUUUUGCCAAUAAUGCCUCCGACGCCCGGGACCACUGUGCAAAUGAACGAACUUUCUUGUCAUGGCUGCGCCUCUCCAUAUACAUGGCUAUAGUGUCUGUUGCUAUAGUCAUCUCGUUCCAUCUCAAAGCCCAGCCAAGCGACCUGGAGCGACGGAUGGCACUGCCUUUCGGCAUCAUAUUCUGGCUGCUCUCUCUUGCAUGCCUUAUCUCGGGUCUGGCGACCUAUAUUCAGACGGUCACGCGGUACAGUCGAAGAAGCGCGCUUGUACAGUCAGGAUGGAAGACCCAAGUGGUCUUUACCGUGGUAGCAACCGCCAUCGUUGCAGCAUGCAUAUUGUUCCUCUCUACCAAUGCAAAGUCAAAUGAGUCGAGCAGCUGA